AUGGCGUCGGUAGAUAUGAUUGAUAAGAACACACACGAGAUCCGACAAGCCCUCGACGACUACGACGAAGCGCGAGUCUACAAGUCUCUCAAGGAGGUUGCUGAGGACUUGCCAGAUCACACGCCGCGGUUUGUUCUGCUCAGCUAUCCCAUUACAACGUCCGAUGGACGACUCUCAGUACCCUACGUGUUGCUAUACUAUCUUCCAAUAACCUGCAACGCCGAGGUGAGAAUGUUGUACGCCGGCGCAAAAGAGUUGAUGCGAAGCACGAGCGAGGCGGGCAGCGUCAUUGAUAUCGAGUCCGCGGAGGAUCUUGAAGAGGUUCCCGAAAAGCUGGCUAACAAAUAG